AUGCCUUUGUACAUGCUGUUCCGUCUGGGUGAAAUACCCUUUGCCGGUUUGCUCUACCUGGAAAACUCCUACGCAAUUUACUACAAGACUGGACUCAAACGUCCAGGGUCUGAGGCCUGGGGCUGCCUCCCUGUGAUGGUUCCUGUCUGUCGGUCCAGCACCUCCACACACCCUCAUCGGCUCUGUUUUAUGCACCAGGAGACGCCCAUGCCUCCUGACUUCUCACCGGAUUCCUCCAAAGAGAGCCAUCAAGGGGAGAAUAAAAGGCAGGAUGAGGAAGAAGCAUGGAUAGUUAUGCCACGUUUCCCCUCAUGUGACAGAGCCUGCAUUUCUCCAUGGCCUCACUUCCACAGUUCCAGCUACUUCCGGGAGCAGUAA